GGCGGUAGAGAGUUUUUGGCCGAGCUUUUAGCGAGAGUUUAGUUGUCAUUAGUUUUCGUCCCUCCUCCAUCUCCUUUCUGUUUCCAGGAGAUUUUCACUUUGUGAUGAAACAAAGGGUCCAGUGCAGGUCGUUCGUAUCUGAUUGAAAUUAAACAACAACGAAAUAAUUUGACAUCGACAUUUAAACAGCGCUUUGAUUAGACAACGCAUUUAGAAAGCACUUGUUAUUUUCUGGAUUAUUCCCGAAGCUGUCCAGGACAAGACAACGAGGCGAAAUUAUUUGUGGUUUAAUUAUAAAAAUAAUCCGAUGGAUUAUGAAGCAUCCCAAGGAGCUGGAUAGAAUCGGGUAUUACUGCGAAGAGUCGUUGCUUUGUACAGAGUGGGAGCGGCGGGUGCCGCGCGGACGGUUGUGGUUGUCAGGGCAGCUCCGAGUUGGCGUUCACAUUCCAGAAGCCGACAGAAGCUUCUGAUCGCGGUGACGUCUUUGGGGUUGCUCCAGCUACUUGAGGCCGAUCUCGGGCCUGCGCUCUGAGUGCAGACAUUCCCAGGCGUCUCUCCCCUCCGAGAAUUAGGAAAGUAGCGCUGCCGUAAAGGGAGGCUCGAGUCGACUCGAGGCCCUAUUAUUUUAUAGGCCCGCACCGGGUCGAGGUCGGAACCAUGGCGUCUUACGUGGAUAAUAACUUCAGACAAGCGGUCAUGAAGAACCCGGCAGAAAGGACGCAACAGGAUUUGGAAAUUGUUUAUUCUUAUCUUCAUGGAAUGGAGGCCUUGUCCAAUUUGAGGGAACACCAGCUGAGAUUAAUGUGUGAAACUGUCAGAUAUGAAAGACAUGAAGCAAAUGAAGUCCUAUACUACCCUGAUGAUAUUGGCACAUGUUGGUACAUUCUCUUGUCCGGUUCUGUAUUCAUCAAAGAGUCCAUGUUUCUUCCUAGAAGCAGUUUUGGCAAGCGCUCAGCUGGAAGUUUGAGACGUGGCUGUGAAUGUAUUGUACUAGAACCUUCAGAAAUGAUUGUGGUGGACUACAUGGAUGAAAAUGAGGAAUAUUUUCAGCGGCAAGCUUCUCAUAGACAGUCUCGUAGGCGAUUUAAAAAAAUUAACCAGAAAGGCGAGCGGCAAACAAUCAUUGAUACAGUGGAUCCUUAUCCAGUGGGAAAGCCACCGUUACCAAGAGGAUAUCACACACUUCCUGCAGAUUUCACCAAGUUACAUCUCACAGAUAACCUCCAUCCACAGGUGACUCACGUCUCCUCCAGCCAGUCAGGAUGUAGCAUCACCAGUGACUCUGGCAGCAGCAGCUUAUCUGACCUUUACCAGGCUACUGAGAGUGAAGCUGGGGAUAUGGACCUAAGUGGCCUGCCCGAAACUGCAGUAGACUCUGAAGAUGAUGAUGAUGAGGAGGACAUUGAGAGAGCAUCAGAUCCACUGAUGAGCAGGGACAUUGUGAGAGACUGUCUGGAGAAAGAUCCCAUAGAUAGAACAGAUGAUGAUAUUGAACAAUUGUUGGAAUUCAUGCAUCAACUGCCAGCUUUUGCGAACAUGACCAUGUCAGUCAGAAGAGAACUAUGUGCUGUGAUGGUGUUUGCAGUGGUAGAGCGGGCAGGUACUAUAGUACUCAAUGAUGGUGAAGAGCUUGACUCUUGGUCAGUCAUUUUAAAUGGUUCUGUAGAAGUCACACAUUCAGAUGGAAGGCUGGAAAUCCUAUGCAUGGGCAAUAGCUUUGGUGUCUCUCCUACUUUAGAGAAGGAAUACAUGAAGGGAGUGAUGAAAACAAAGGCUGAUGACUGUCAGUUUGUCUGCAUAGCCCAGCAAGACUAUUGUCGAAUCCUCAACCAGGUGGAAAAGAAUAUGCAGAAAGUUGAGGAGGAGGGGGAGAUUGUUAUGGUAAAAGAACAUCGAGAAUUGGAUCGCACUGGAACCAGGAAAGGGCAUAUCGUCAUAAAGGGAACGGCUGAACGGUUAACAAUGCACCUGGUGGAAGAGCAUUCAGUGGUGGAUCCCACAUACAUAGAAGAUUUUCUUUUAACAUACAGAACCUUCUUAUCAAGCCCAAUGGAAGUUGGGAAGAAAUUGCUGGAGUGGUUUAAUGACCCAAGCCUCAGGGACAAGGUUACACGGGUAGUAUUACUGUGGGUAAACAAUCACUUCAAUGAUUUUGAAGGAAAUUCUGCGAUGACCAUAUUUCUAGAAGAAUUUGAAAACAAUUUGGAGCGAGAGAAAAUGGGCGGUCACCUUCGAUUGUUGAACAUUGCUUGUGCAGCUAAGGCCAAGCGGCGACUAGUAACUCUAAUGAAGCCGUCACGGGAAGCUCCUUUGCCAUUUAUCCUUUUGGGAGGCACUGAGAAAGGUUUUGGGAUUUUCAUAGACAGCGUAGAGCCUAGUAGUAAAGCUACUGAAACUGGGUUGAAACGUGGUGAUCAGAUAAUGGAAGUCAAUGGACAAAACUUUGAGAAUAUUCAGCUGCCAAAAGCAUUGGAAAUUCUUAGGAACAAUACUCAUUUGUCUAUCACUGUGAAAACAAACUUGUUUGUGUUUAAAGAACUUCUGUCUAGGCUCACAGAAGAGAAGAGAAAUGGUGCUCCACACUUACCAAAGAUUGGCGAGAAGAAAGGAAGCCGUUAUUCCAUUCCUGACCUGGCAGCGGAUGUUGAACAAGUGAUUGGAUUAGAUAAAGCAAGUAAGAAAACAAAGGCAAACACAGUGACUGGACGAAAUAAACUGAAGAAAAUAUUGGGCAAAACUAGAAUCAGUAUCCUUCCACAAAAACCCUACAAUGAUAUUGGCUUUGGUCAGUCCCAGGAUGACAGUAUAGUCGGGUUGAAACAGUCCAGAUAUAUUGCACCUGCAUUGCCUGUAAGUGGCACCUUAUCAUCCAGUAAUCCUGACCUAUUGCAGUCUCAUCAUCGCAUUCUUGAUUUUAACACUACACCAGAGCUACCAGAUCAAGUUUUAAGAGUUUUCAAAGCUGACCAACAAAGUCGCUACAUAAUGAUUAGCAGAGAUACCACUGCAAAAGAAGUGGUCAUUCAGGCAAUUCGUGAAUUUACCUUAACUGCUGCUCCUGAAUCAUACUCGCUGUGUGAAGUCUCUGUCACUCCUGAAGGUGUUAUCAAACAAAGAAGACUUCCAGACCAAUUAUCGAAGCUUGCUGACCGAAUCCAGCUUAGUGGCAGGUACUAUCUGAAGAAUAAUAUGGAAACAGAGACACUGUGCUCAGAUGAAGAUGCUCAGGAACUGCUUCGGGAGAGUCAUAUCACACUGUUACAAUUGAGCAUGAUUGAAGUUGCCACUCAGCUCUCCAUGAGGAACUUUGAACUAUUUCGUAAUAUUGAGCCCACAGAGUACAUAGAUGACUUAUUCAAACUUAAGUCAAAAACUGAAUGUGCCAAUCUGAAGAAAUUUGAGAACAUUAUCAAUCAGGAAACAUUUUGGGUUGCAACAGAAAUCCUUAAGGAGCCAAACCAGUUGAAAAGAAUGAAGAUAAUCAAACACUUCAUAAAGAUGGCUCUGCACUGUCGAGAAUGCAAGAACUUCAACUCCAUGUUUGCAAUUAUCAGUGGCUUAUAUCUUGCACCAGUGGCAAGACUACGGAAUACUUGGGAAAAACUUCCAAGUAAAUAUGAGAAGUUAUUUCAGGACCUCCAGGACCUCUUAGAUCCCUCCAGAAAUAUGGCUAAAUAUAGGAAUGUUCUGAACAAUGAGAAUCUACAACCUCCCAUUAUUCCACUCUUCCCAGUAAUCAAGAAAGAUCUGACAUUCCUGCAUGAAGGGAAUGAUUCCAAAGUGGAAGGUCUGGUGAAUUUUGAAAAGUUACGAAUGAUUGCAAAAGAAAUCCGUCAUGUUGGCCGUAUGGCUUCUGUUAAUAUGGAUCCUGCUGUUAUGUUCAGGACAAGGAAGAAGAAAUGGAGAAGUCUGGGGUCGCUUAGCCAGGGCAGUACAAAUGCUGCUGUAUUAGAUAUGGUGCAGUCAGGGGGACACAAAAAACGGGUACGGCGCAGCUCAUUCCUCAAUGCCAAGAAACUCUAUGAAGAUGCACAAAUGGCUCGAAAAGUAAAACAAUACCUUGCAAACCUUGAUCUGGAUAUGGACGAAGAGAACCUCCAGGCAUUAUCACUACAGUGUGAACCAAGCACUAAUACAUUACCCAAAAGCGCAGGUGAAAAGAAAGUGGGAAAACUUUCAGAUACAUCUCCUGUUGCUCCAAGAUCAGGAGUGCAAAACCAGAAGCAACAACAGCAAAAAGCAAAUCAGGCCCUCCAGGUCCCAGCUGUAUCGUUGUAUCCGUCACGCAAGAAAGUGCAAGUUAAAGACCUCCCUCCGUUUGGUACACAUUCUCCUCAAGCUUUGAAAAAAAUCCUGUCCUUAUCUGAAGAAGCAAAUUUGGAUCGGAAUAAAAAGCAGGCAGAAGAUACUUUAUCAAACACUUCAUCUCAGCUGUCGUCUCCUCCCACAUCCCCUCAGACUUCACCAAGGAAAGGUGGCAGUAAGCUGAGAUCUCAUGGAUGCAGACAGUUGGACCUAUCAGGCUCUCCAUUUUCUCUUGGAAGUGAAAACAAUAAUAAGAACAACAAUGUACAAUGGAUCAAUGGGAUAGGUUUUGCUUUAGCACCAAGUGCCACAGCAGACAAUUUUUCAGAUUCUGGUCACAGUGAAAUUUCGUCACGCUCCAGCAUUGUCAGCAAUUCCUCCUUUGACUCAGUAUCUGCCAGCCUUCAUGAUGACCGUCGACAGCGACAUUCUGUCAGUGUUAUAGAUUCAAAUUUAGGCUUGGGCAUCGAAAGAAGACUGGAAAAGCGAUCAGCCGUUGACCCAGAUCAGUACUGUAUAAGUAAUUACAUUCCAACUUGCACUGAGGGCAGAGGAAGUCUGUAUGCAGGAGAAGUGGUGCUGUCAUCACCAAGUAUGGAGGAGUUAACCCAGGACCAGGGAGACCGAACUUCUCUUGAUGCAGCAGACAGUGGUCGAGGAAGUUGGACUUCAUGUUCAAGUGGAUCUCACGAUAACAUCCAAACAAUUCAGCACCAGAAAAGUUGGGAGACACUCAGCAGUUUGGGGAAUCUUCAUUAUGAGACCUGUGCUGAGGGAACAGGACUAUCAACUAUAUGGGCUUCAGGUAGCCAAAUGGAUCGAACCAAAUUCUCUGAACAUGGCACAAAAUUGAUUAGGCAGAACCAGCCUAGAGAUGGCAUUGAUCAUGCUCAGUCCAGAAAUAGCUGGGCAUCAACAACAGGCUACUGGGCAGAAGAUUCUGAAGGUGACACUGGAACAAUAAAACGGAGAGGUGGAAAGGACGUAGCUGUUGACUCUGAAGGAAGCAGUACAGCAUUAGCUCCAGAUGAUCCAAAGCAGAAUGUUAGACCUUCUCACAUAGCAGUGUCUUCUUCAACAGCAAAAGCACGUAAAGAGGGCAGGUAUCGAGAACCACCACCAACUCCUCCAGGGUAUGUUGGAAUCCCCAUUGCAGACUUCCAGGAAUCUCAUCGACAUCCAGGCAUGAAGCCUCCAGAUUAUAAUGUAGCACUACAAAGGUCACAGUUUGUGGCAAGGCCAUGUGAUCCCCAUGGACUCUCAACUGUUCAAAGCCCAACUGCACACACAAUCAGUCACUCACAGGUCAGGCCGCUUAGCCGGCCUCAAUGGCACAAACCAAAUGAGUCAGACCCCAGACUAGCUCACCUACAGCCCCAGGGUUCUCCAUCUGAGGACGAUGAGGAUGAAGAUGAGCAAGUUUCUGCAGUCUGACCAGAGAUCACUACCUGCUUUUUGUUUUGUUUUGGUUGCUUCAUGAUACCACAAGCUACAUUUUGGGCAGCACAACAGACCAUUCAGAUGUAGGAACCUUGGAACUCUGUUGAAUUAAAUUACUGAUGCCACUUGCCUCCUUCCCUGCCUUAAAGCAGCAUGGGGCUUUUAUCCCCGCGUGUGGAAUACUGUGAAGAAACUGUCCUGGCACUUUGGAACUGUGUCGCUUUAAAUGCACAGAAAUCACUCUACAGAUUGUUCCUGUUACUACCGCAAUGAACUGUGCACAAGUGUAUGGAUUUUGUUAUGUUCACUAAGGAGUUCCGCUUGGUGCUUGCUUUUCAUCAGCCUAGAACUUUUACAAUUCUUUUAUUGGAUGUUUUUUAGCCAUUCUAGUGCACAGUCAUUUUAAACAAAAAAGUGACAUUUUUAACAAGAAACAAAUCACAGCAAUGUUUUUUGAAUUUCAGCUAAUUUUUGAAGAUGUUACAUUCACUUUUGGGCACAGCGCCAGAUAAUUUUUAAUUUAUGUUGACAUUUUUGAUUAAAUACUGCUUUAGAAAAGAACAAAUGCUACAACUCUGCAACUACAGUAUUAUUUACACUUAUAACUAAUAUAUUUUGGUUGUAGGGUUUUUGAGAGAGUAUUUUAAGUAACUGAAGUGCAGUGGAUGGCAUUCUGAAUACCAUAAUUAUGCUGGCUAGUUAUUCCCUUUGUCAGAAGUUAUACUUGAUGAUCGGGCCUCCAAGGCUUUUUUUUUUAAAUAUGGCUCAAUUUAUUUUUUGAAUACUUAAGUACAUGUUCCAGCCUUUGUUAUCUGCAGUAUGUACAAGGAGGUUAAGCUAUUUAAUGCUACGUGAAAUAUUGCUGCAUGUCUAUAAUGAAGGCUGACACUUCAAAGCAAACCAUCCUCUGCUGCUAUUUAAACCUUCAGAAUACUGAACUGACAACAGCAUUUUUGUUGUCUUUCUGCAGGCAUCCAGUAAUGAAGGCUGCCAACCUGAGUAGUACUCAAAUGUGAGAAAUAGCUACUCUUAAUUUUUAUUUUCCACUGAACUCAGCUGAUCAUAUUGAUCAGUAGGUAAACUUUUAGUUUCAUUUGAAGACUGCAGUGUUUUCACUGUACUUAAAACAUCAGUGCUUUAUUUAAUUGUCAUAAAAUAAUCAUAGUCAGGCCCUCCAUGUUUGCAAAUACCCCACAUGUCAGUUAUGCAUUAGUAAUGUAAUUGUAUUAUGCAUAAUUUGCCAGUUUCAAUAAACAGUCAAUGGACAUUGUGUGCAUAUAGGCAGAUGAAAUAAAUCAUAGUUAUAUUGAAGAGUUGCACAAAUAAUAUAAACCUAACUGUAAUUGUAGAACAUAGAACUGCUAAUCUCAUUUCAAAAAAUCUGUGAUGUUAAGUGCAAAAUGUAUGAUUAACUGGUGAUUUCCUCAUACUUUUGAUACUACUUGUACCUGUAUGUCUUUUAGAAAGACAAUUGGUGGAGUCUGUAUCCCUUUUGUAUUUUUAAUACAAUAAUUGUACAUAAUGGUUAUAUUUUUGUUGAAAAUGGUAGAAAUGUACUAUGUUUAUGCCUCUACAUCCAGUUUAUACAGAGCUGGGAAUAAAUAUAAUUGAGAAAUGUU